CUUGCUUUUUUUCAAUUACGAAUUUUUUCUAUAUUUUAUUUUCUCUUUUCUUUCUCGGAUUGGUUUCUUUAUCUCUUUCAAUAUCCAGGUGUACUGUUUGAUUUGUCCAUUGGGUUUAUAUCGGUUGUCCUUACAAAACUGGUCCAAUGGAAAAACCAGAUAACAAAAUGAGAUCAAUGUACGAUUUAUCACGGGGUCGUUUCAAUCAACCUGGGCUCAGUUAUCGCUUUCGAUUCAGUAACACCAACCUUCCGUAUCCUCAAGGAAUAUCGUUUCUAUCCCUUGGCUCCGUGGUGGAGGAUAGUGACAAGCGAUCGGCGCAUAAUGCUCUCGAACGGCAAAGACGUGAAGGACUGAAUAACAAGUACCAGCAGCUGGCCCACGCCUUGCCCACCUUGCAGACCGUGCGUCGACCCAGCAAAACCAUGAUUGUUUCAAAGUCAUUGGAAUAUGGUAAAAACCUCGCUUUUCACAUAUAUUUAAAAGUGGCAUUCAUGACUAUGUACUCUUUUUUUUCAGUAUGCAAUUCGGACACCAGGGAAGCCACUUAUUUGGAACAGAUUCGCACCUUACGAAAAGAAAAUGAAAGGCUGAAAAGGCAAGCUAAGCGAUCAAACCUAACUCUGCGCCGACGGUCUUCUGCCGAGAAAACUCUGGUACCUCCGCCUUUGCCGUCCACCAUGCAUCAACAGAGUCCUUUGGCAACCGAGCCAUCACAUGCAUUGGGUUUGAGUACCAUGUCACCGUCUUCGUACCCGGUAACCGUGUCUCCACUGCUCUCGUCCUAUCCAUCUUCUGCUAGCGACACAACAAUCAACGCCUAUCCUCCGUUGGAUGUGACCACACAGUCUUACGGAUCAACGACUCCGAUAUUUACCAACGUUUACCAACCACCGUCAUCCUUUGCUGAUAUGCUGAUGGGGUAUGCUGCAGCCACCAUCUUACCAAUAACCACGUCUCGAGGAAUACCCAGUCCCUCUCGCACAUUAGCAGUCACGUCAUUCGAUCCAUUGAUCACAUCCGCAUCGAUAGAUCCCCUUUCAAGCAUGCUUUUCGAAUCGAAUUCCUCCACAGCCUCCGGCUUUACGGAUAACACAUACUAAGGAUACCCUAGCUCUGUUCCGAAAUGCCUUGGGAAAACGAUAUGCUUGUUAAAUCACUGAUAUGAACAAUUUAAUAACGCGCCAAAAGAAUCACCUCCACUUGAUAUGGCUUAAUCACGGUUAUGAAGCGCUCCAUGGUCCCUUUUUAAUUCUAUUGUAGAUAACUCUUUUCUUAGCAUGCCUUUCUUUUUUUUUAUAAUUUUUUUUCCCUUUCUUUUUU